AUGGAAUAUGUGAUAAUCCUUGCAGCAGGAUCAACAAUAACCAAUUUAAGGAAACAGCCUAAGGGCCAGUCAGGCUGUGGGGCCCCCACCAUCCACCUGGUAAUGAGCGGCAAGGCCAGAUCAUCAAUGGACAGAAACAGGUUCCUAACCUGUGGGGGCUCCCUGAUGAACCAGAACUGGGUGAUCACCGCCGCCCACUGCAAUGUCACAACAUCGGAUCUGGCUGUGACUGAGCUGGUUGACCGGCAACAAGAUAUGAAGAAUGUCCAGGUUCUGAAAAUUGCACAGGUUUUCAACCACCCUGACUAUAACCAGAAAUACCUCCGCAAUGACAUCGCCCUGGUGAAGCUGGCCAUGCCUGCCCACUUCUCUAAGAAUGUGUCCCCUGUGUGCCUGCCCAAAGCUGAGAAUGACUUCCCCGCCGGGACCCCGUGUCUCACCUCUGGCUGGGGGGAAAGCAUAGCCAACAGCAACAAGACAGCCGACAGGAUGCAACAGGCCUACCUGCCCCUCCUGUCCAACACUGAGUGCAGGGAGUACUGGCGCCGAGUAAUCAGUGAUAACAUUGUCUGUGCUGGGGGCAACAAUGUCACAGUCUCCAUGGGAGACUCUGGUGGGCCCCUGGUCUGCAAGAAAAACGGAGCCUGGACCCUGGUGGGUGUCGUGUCCUCUGCCAGAACCUCAGGCUCAACGUAUAAACCUGUCUUGUGUGUUCGUGUCACUAGUUACCUGACUUGGAUUCAGGAGACCGUGGCCAAAAAUUGA